AUGCUCCCGGGUCCUACCGAUCGACAUCCUGUUGAGGCUGCUGCUGAUGUAGCUGCGGAAAACGAGCCUACUGCCGUCAUCGCGGGUCCUACCGAGCGACAUUCGCAUCCUGUUGAGGCUGCUGCUGAUGUAGCUGCGGAAAACGAGCCUACUGCCGUCAUCGCGGGUCCUACCGAGCGACAUCCUGUUGAGGCUGCUGCUGCUGAUGUAGCUGCGGAAAACGAGCCUACUGCCGUCAUCGGUCCUACCGAGCGACAUUUGCAUCCUGUUGAGGCUGCUGCUGAUGUAGCUGCGGAAAACGAACCUACUGCCGCCAUCGAUGCGGAAGGCAAGAAGUCCAAGGAGUGGUGGGGAGGCUAUGGAUGGGGGCGUCCCUGGGGUGGCUACGGUGGUGGCUGGGGUGGAUACGGUGGCGGCUGGGGAUGGUAG